UCUCAUCAACUCUACCCUCGGUCUCAUCGCUCCUGAGUAUGGCUAUGUCAUGCUCGCUGCCAUCGGCACCAGCUUCGUCGGUGUCUGGCACAGCAUGGCUGCAGGAGGUGCCCGCAAAGCAGCUGGCAUCAAGUACCCUCAGACGUUCGCUACGCCUGAGCAGGAAAAAGCAUCCAAGGAAGCACUCAUCUUCAACUGCAUGCAGCGUGCACACGCAAACUUCAACGAGAGUCUCCCCAUCUACUUGCUUCUCCUCGCUGUUGCAUCUGUGCGAUUUCCAGCCUAUGCUUCAGCAGCGAGUGCCGUUUGGCUCGUUGGACGCGUCAUGUACACGCUUGGCUACCGCACGGGUGACCCUGCCAAGCGUAUGCAAGGUUCUGCUCAGUACAUCGGCUUGCUCAGUCUCCUUGGAUUGGCCAUUACUUCGACCUACAGGACUCUCGGCUACUGAAGCUUUCAAAUAUCAUUGCUAGUGAAUUGACCAUUUCUGCUUAUAUUUUGGAUACAGCAUCCAUUUCUUCGCUUGAUA